AUGAGUGGUACAGGUCUAAAGAUGACAAAUGAAUCAAUACAACAAUUCAAAAUUAAUUACAAAAAUAUGGAGGAUGGUAUGAAAUGGAAGUUAAAAUCUGGGAGCAUUGUCCAUUCAUAUACAAUUGAUAUAUCUGAUCCAAAUGUCUCUAGAUUAUUUUUUAAAGAAGAAAUAAGGGAAAUAGAAUUUACCAAUGUCAAAAGUGAGCUAACAAUUGAUGAUGAUACAAAAACCUGCAUAGGUUCAUUUGCUAAGCCUUCUUUAUAG